AUGAUGAUCAUCAGACUGCUGCAGCAGCAGCAGCAGCAGCAGCAGAUCCGUGACGGGACAGCUCUGAUCACACUCAUGUUCACCCUGAACGAGCUCUUCGCGACCUCCAUGGCUAAAACGACACAGUUCCUCCUCCGUCUGACCGACCUCGCUGCGCCGGGCACCAUCCUGCUUGUCGUCGACAGUCCAGGGAGCUACUCUACUCUGACGUUGGGGAAGAAAACCCCCCAAAGCAACAGCAAUAGCGGCAGCAACGGCAAUACUAAUAACAGCGAUGAUAAUGGCGGUAAUGGUAAUGAUAAGAGCGGUUCUGCUGCUGCUGUUGCUGCUCCUGCCAGACACUACCCCAUGAAGUUCCUCCUCGACCACACCCUCCUCUCUGUUGCGGUGAACAAGUGGGAGAGGGUCCUCUCGGAUGAUUCGCGCUGGUUUCGGCGCGAUGCGGCCAGGUUGCGCUAG